AUGGCAGAACAGCAGAGCCCACCAGGGGAGAUGGCGGCUGCCGAAAACCUGGAAGAAACGGAGCACAACUUCAAGGUCACCCUCUAUGAGAUGGAGAAUUUCCAAGGCAAGAAGUAUGAACUGACAGCUGAGAGUCCCAAUUUGACAGAGGAGCUGGAGAAAGUGGGGUCCCUCCAGGUGGAGUCUGGCCCGUGGCUCGGCUUCGAGCGGCAGGCAUUCAACGGGGAGCAAUUUGUGCUGGAAAGGGGGGACUACCCCCGCUGGGACUCCUGGUCCAACAGCCACAGCAACGACUGCCUGAUGUCCAUCCGGCCCCUGCCAAUUGAUAGUGCUGAUCAUAAGAUCCACCUCUUUGAAAACUCCAGUUAUGGAGGGAGGAAGAUGGAGAUUGUGGAGGACGACGUCCCCAGUUUGUGGGCGCAUGGCUUCCAGGACCGCGUGGCCAGCGUCAAGGCCCUGAAUGGAAUAUGGGUGGGCUAUGAAUACCCCGGGUACCGUGGCCGGCAGUAUGUCUUCGAGAAGGGCGAGUACCGGCACUGGAACGAGUGGGAUGCCAGCCAGCCCCUGAUCCAGUCCAUGCGGCGAAUCCGGGACCAGCAGUGGCACAAGCGGGGCUGCUUUGAGGGGAGCUAA